UUUUUAAUAAAUAAAAAGAUGAGAGUUCGGGAUCCGAUAAAGGAGCUUUUCUUGAUUCUCUUCUUGUGGCAGUUUCCGUGCAGAGGCUAGCGGUCGUGGCGGCGGCGGCGGCUUCUGCGGCGGAAGAGACUGGAGAGAAGCAGAGACUCAUUAUUCCGGUCUAAAGAAACGACGACGUGAGGAUACCGUUUCGCAUUAUCUGAUUUUGAUCUAUUAUACCUGCUUUAUGCUCCACCACACGCUCUAUUCCUUUCUGUACUUUUGUUUUCUCCGAGACGUUGAUUUUCGAUUUUGCCUCGCCUUUGUGCCGCUCCCUAUCUCUACAAGAAUUCUCCGAGAAUCUUGUGACUUCCGACGAGUUUGUCCCACGAUCGUAUAUGUGAUUCUGAAGGUUUGGGUGGAGAUUGCAAACAAAUUUCUACAUUUGCGAUUCUGUAGUGUAACGAUGGGGUUUAAGGCCAUCAUUGCUAACAUAUCAAGGAGAAGGUACAUGCGACGCAGAGGGCAGUCUCACAUUGCUCCUGAAGCGGAUGUGGCUCCAUCUUCUGAUUUGAUCGAACAGAGUCAGUGGGCAGAUAUGCCCCCUGAACUGCUCCUUGACAUUAUUCACCGAGUAGAAGCCAGCGAGACUUCCUGGCCUGCCAGGAGGGAUGUCCUUGCCUGUGCCUCUGUUUGUAAGUCUUGGAGGGAGAUCACGAAGGAGAUUGUUAAGACUCCGGAGGAAUGUGGGCGUCUCACUUUUCCCAUCUCUCUAAAGCAGCCGGGGCCAAGAGUCUUUCCAAUCCAAUGUUUUAUCAAGAGGGAGAGAGCCAAUUCCACUUAUGGAUUGUACCUUGGUCUGAGUCCUGCUCUGUCCGGUGAUACAAGUAAAUUAUUAUUAGCAGCAAGAAAGAUCAGAAAGGGAACGAGCAUAGAGUUUUUGAUAUCACUGGUUAGAGAUGAUUUUUCUCGAACAAGCAAUGCCUUUGUUGGAAAGUUGAAGUCUAAUUUUCUGGGGACAAAAUUCACUAUUUAUGACAAUCAGCCUCGGCAUGACCCUGCAGCACAAUCCAAUCGUAGGGCACUUUUUAAAGUAGGCUCAAACCAGGUAUAUCCAAGGGUAUCUGCUAGUAAUUGCAAUGUGGGCACCAUAUCUUAUGAGCUCAACAUUCUUCGUACAAGAGGCCCAAGGAGAAUGCAGUGCGCCAUGCAUGCAAUACCCUUUUCUGCAAUUCUAGAAGGGGGCACUGCUCCAACUCCAGUGGAGUUCCCAAAUCGCCAAGCUUUGCAUUUACCUUCCUCACGAGUUUUGGAAGGAAACAAGCAAUUCGCUGAAUUCAGCUCUACAUGCCUCGGUGAGCAGCAACAAGAAUCAGUCGGCAGGACAGAUCCCCUGGUUUUAAAAAACAAAGCCCCUAGAUGGCAUGAGCAUCUGCAGUGUUGGUGCUUAAAUUUCAAAGGACGUGUUACAGUGGCUUCUGUGAAGAAUUUCCAGUUGGUUGCAGCCACAGAUUCUUGUGAAAAUGUUCCUGCUGCAGAACAAGAGAGAGUAAUUCUGCAAUUUGGGAAAAUUGGGAAAGAUAUUUUUACCAUGGAUUAUCGAUAUCCCCUCUCUGCUUUCCAAGCCUUUGCAAUCUGCUUGAGCAGUUUUGACACUAAACCAGCAUGUGAAUGACCAUUAUUCUUUCUUCCUGGGCAAUGUCGUGUCUUGUAAGUUGUAACAUUUGGUUGUAUAUAAUCUAUUUCAAGGGUGCACUUGAGCUUAUGUCCUUUUGAUCGGGGAGUGUCUUUCGUCUGCUGGUACUUUUAGAUGUAAUGGCUGAAACCUGCAUUGUGCAGUGUCACAGAGUACUUUACCACUUGAUUCAAUGGCCAUGAAAAGAACGUUCAACUUUGCAAAUAAUCCAAGGUACUCCUAGUUGUAUAUUGGAAAUCUUAUGAACUGGAUCUUAAUGUAUAAUUGUAUAUUACACUACUUGAGAACACGGGGCGAAUUUUAA